GAUCGGGGCCACGCGCAGACUCCUGGGCCACCCCCGGCGUCUCGCGGCCUUUUCUCUACUUUUUGGGCGUCUGCCGGCUUCGACUUCAACGGAGCUCAGGGAGGAGGAGCCGCAGGGCCGCCGCCGCCGCCGGGAAAACCCCUGUUGGAGCUAUGCUUCUGUAAAUCGGAGGAGAAGGGGCAUCAGUGAGAAUGUCGGCACUCAACUGGAAGCCGUUUGUGUACGGGGGCCUGGCUUCCAUCACGGCAGAAUGUGGCACAUUUCCAAUUGAUUUAACCAAGACACGCCUCCAGAUUCAAGGCCAGGCAAAUGAUGCCAAGUUUAAAGAAAUUCGGUAUCGAGGCAUGUUGCACGCGUUAGUGCGGAUAGGGAGAGAAGAAGGGCUGAAAGCAUUGUAUUCGGGAAUCGCCCCCGCCAUGCUCCGCCAGGCUUCCUACGGCACCAUCAAGAUAGGCACUUACCAGAGCCUGAAGCGACUGUUCGUCGAGCGGCCGGAAGAUGAAACCCUGCUGAUAAAUGUCAUCUGUGGAAUCCUCUCUGGAGUCAUCUCCUCAUCCAUCGCCAAUCCAACUGAUGUUCUGAAAAUCCGGAUGCAAGCACAAAAUAGCAACAUCCAAGGAGGAAUGAUUGGGAACUUCAUCAACAUUUACCAGCAGGAGGGAACAAGAGGGCUGUGGAAGGGGGUGUCCCUCACUGCCCAGAGGGCAGCCAUCGUGGUUGGUGUGGAACUGCCUGUCUACGACAUCACCAAGAAGCAUCUCAUUCUCUCCGGCCUAAUGGGAGACACUGUCUAUACCCACUUCCUCUCAAGCUUCACCUGUGGGCUGGCGGGAGCCCUGGCCUCGAACCCUGUGGACGUGGUGCGAACACGGAUGAUGAACCAGAGAGUCCUUCCAGAGGGCAGGUGCCCUGGCUAUGUGGGUACCCUGGACUGCUUGCUGCAGACAUGGAAGAAUGAAGGAUUUUUUGCUCUAUAUAAAGGAUUUUGGCCAAAUUGGUUGAGACUUGGUCCUUGGAAUAUCAUUUUCUUUGUGACCUAUGAGCAACUGAAGAAGUUGGAUUUGUGACAAGACAGAGGCUGCAUGAGACAUCCCUCUGAAAAUGCUCACUUCCGAAUCGGUAAAGCUUCCUGUGUUUCACAUUGCUUUUCACUGCUUGGCUCCUCACGAGUCUGAGGCGAGACCAACAGGUGAAGGCUGGGUAAGUUCAGAUCACCGUGUUGGCAUUGGACACUCCUCAUCGAGUGUCUAACAGCAUCAACUGCAACACCCAAACUCAAGCCCUACCCGUUGAAGUGCCCUUGGACAUCAGAGAUAACAUACGAAAUGCGUGUUUCUUACUGAAGAAAAUUGGCCCACAACUCAAGAACAGUGGGCUGCUUCUUCAGGGGAGAGCAGCUCCUGGUGCAUCUUAGCUCAUAGCCGAGCCCCUCAGUCUGCCCCGAAGAACAUGGAACCGGUGAAUGGAACCUCAACAGGGUCUUACUGUUCCUGAACGCUGGGGGCCCUCUUGUCAGCUGGAGAAAUUCCGCACGUGGAACCUGAACUUCUCAACCCCGGGUAUAAAUAGUGCAGGAAAUAGAUCCCUGGAAUAUUGCACUGCUUUGUAAUUUUCUAUUUUGGCAGACUCUUUCACUUAUACUAAGUGAUUUUUAAGCCUUUGAAAACUUGACCUUUGUGAGGAAUUGUUACAGAGUAUUAAGACUUAAAUUCAAUGUAGUGUAACGUGUCGACUUGGGAGGCGGGACUGUUCGUGUCGAUGGGAGAUGUUUUCAGGCAGUUUGUGUUCUGUCUUAAGUCACGUUAGUAAUUUACUUUAUGGUUUUUUAGCAAUUUUAUUAGCCUUCCUUGCUCUUAUUUCCCAAUCUGGAAAAUGGGGGAUAACAUCUAAUGAUGUAGAAGGUCAAAUGAACCAAAUAGUAGCUGCUACAUCUUCCAUAAGAUGUAGUCACUUGUCUUGUAGGAUAAAUGUGUUUACGUCAUGCUGCUGUCUGGCCAUAUUCCCUCAACACAGUCUGUAGAUACAGAAGGGAGUAUUUUUAUGGAGUUCUCCCUAUAAAGCCCUUUAUUAAAGGCCUUGUUCAAGAAAGCACUAAGCUGAGGUUUUCAUAUAUUUUGCUUAUCAAAAUGUUGCUACUGAAUUGAAGAGUUGAUUUUUCCAGCUUUUCAGGUUUCACUUUAGUUUGUGCCCUGUUUGUUAAAACAUUUCCUGUCUUGGACUUCCCAGUUACCUUGGAUGAAAAAUACUCGAUUAAAAUUUUUUAAACUACUUCUUUACCAUUUGUUUAUGUAGUUUCUGAUAAGAGGUAAGUGAUAUUUUCCUUUAUUCUUUGCUUCUAAAGAUAAUGGAGAGAUCUCUCUCUUUCUUGUCUUUAUCAUGUUCUUCUCAAAAUUAAAGGUGACCCUGAGAGCCCCAAGUAUUUUACACUUUUAGAAGACAGCCCAGGAGGGGGAACAGAUGAAACUGGGCAUCUUCAGUCCUUCUCUUUGAGGAUAACAUUAAACACAUCCCACCUGGGGCUCCAGGGAAGCCCACUUCUACAGGCAAAUUCCUGCUCUGCCUGGCAUUUGGGGUUCCUGCCUCCACUGAGGCAGACGAGAGGGAACACAGGUUUCUCUCGGGGGUCAGGCAGUUUUCCUCGCAUUCGGUUUCACCUCACCUUCUUUAUAUUAAUUAUGCUAUUCUCUUCGUUGUUCUUUCUUUUUAUCAUUUCUUUGUUUGACAUUUAUUCUUUAUUUUGCCUUCUUUAGUAAUGUUUCCUUUGAAAAAAAAUUUUGUGAAGCAGAACUUUUAUGUCCAAAAGUAAUGGGUAAGACAAAAAUAUUGAAAGCAGAAAGGAAGAAGGAUGGUGUGGGGUGGCAUGUAGUGUGUUAGGGUAGAAAGUCCUGAUUUUCCUUGGCCUUGCUAGAUGGCUGCGGAGGUCCCUGUGACCCCUGAGAUCAAGCUCAGUGAGGCCGCUGUGCUGGCACGGAACCGCACUUUGAGAGAAGAGAUUUUGUUUUCUUACCAAAACAUUCCAUUGAUGUGGUGAAGACUUUGAAUAGAGGGACUGUCACUUUUGAGUUCUGUCUUGAGUUUAAGGAAUUGCUUUUUAUGAGCCACUUUUUCUCUUUUAAGUGUAGAAAACAAUUCUUUUUUUAAGUAUACAUAUAAUUUCUAAAUCCGUAGACAAGUUCAUUGUAACAGCCGUGUAAAGAGUGAAUGUCAUGCCACAUAUUGUGUCAGUUUAUUCAGAUUAUGUACAUCUUUAUACCAGGGUGAAAAGAAAUUCAAACUUCACCGUAAAAAGAAUGUUUUUAAACAUACUAUAGCAUUUCUUCAUUGUAUACUUAUUAAGUACUUUAUAGAAGAGGAUCUUAACCUGUGCUUGUUUUUCUACUUCCCAAAAAAGUUAAUGCAAUUGUCGAGGCUUUUUAACCAAGAAACAACUUAGGGAAGGAAUUGGAGUAUGGCCACAAGUCUUUCCCCCCUUUUUGGAUAUUGCUUAAAUAUGGCAAAAGCAUUUCAAGUUUUUUUAACCCAAAUUGAAGAAAAUGAUUUUUAUUGUUUGCAGUUGGAUUUGUGUGAUUACUGAUGCUAAACCUAGCUGCUCUGUGGUAUAAAAAAAUGCUCCCGUUCUGCAUAUUUAUUCACACGCCAGAAAUAGUAUAUAUUAUAUAAAAAGUAUACAUUUUUCAGAAGCCUUUGUAUGUCAAGCUCUUUAUUUAAACAAUGUUGGAAUUUGCAAUGUCAACCUUGUUUCAUUUAUUUAAUAAACUGGAGUAAUAUAUAAUAA